AUGGCGCGCGGCGCAGGUGACAACACGACGUACUACUACCACUACACCGGCGGCACGAAGCCGGCGCCGCAGAAUAAGAUCGCCCCGUCGCCGAUCAACUGGCACGCGGCGCCCGGGCGGCCGGUGCCGAACAUGCACUCGACGGGCCCGCACGGCCGGCCGCCGCUCGUGCCGCCGCCGCCGCCUCCCGUGCCGGCCGGGCUCGACAAGAACGCGUUCAGCUACGAGGAGCUCGCGGCGGCGACGAGCGACUUCUCGGAGGAGAACCUGCUGGGGCAGGGCGGGUUCGGGUACGUGUACCGCGGCGUGCUCCCCGACGGGAAGGAGGUGGCGGUGAAGCAGCUCAGCUCCGGGAGCGGGCAGGGCGAGCGCGAGUUCCAGGCGGAGGUGGACAUGAUCAGCCGCGUCCACCACCGCCACCUCGUCCCCCUCGUCGGCUACUGCAUCGCCGGCGCGCACCGCCUCCUCGUCUACGACUUCGUCCCUAACAACACCCUCGAGCACCACCUCCAUGGGAAGGGGUCGCCGGUGAUGAAGUGGACGACGAGGCUGCGCAUCGCCGUCGGCUCAGCCAAGGGGCUCGCCUACCUGCACGAGGAGUGCAAUCCUCGGAUCAUUCACCGGGACAUCAAGUCGGCCAACAUUCUCCUGGACAACAGCUUCGAGGCUCUGGUGGCUGACUUUGGGAUGGUGAAGCUGACGAGCGAGAAUGACACGCACGUUUCGACGAGGGUGAUGGGGACGUUCGGGUACCUGGCGCCGGAGUACGCGUCGAGCGGGAAGCUGACGGACAAGUCGGACGUCUUCUCCUACGGCGUGAUGCUGCUCGAGCUGCUCACCGGCCGCCGCCCCGCCGACCGCUCCUCCUACGGCGCCGACUGCCUCGUCGACUGGGCGCGCCAGGCGCUGCCUCGCGCGAUGGCCGACGGCGGCUUCGACGCCCUCGUCGACCCGCGGCUGCGCGGCGACUACGACCGGCCCGACGCGGCGCGCGUCGCCGCCUGCGCCGCCGCCUGCGUCCGCCACGCCGGCAGGAGGCGCCCCAAGAUGAGCCAGAUCGUGAAGGUGCUCGAGGGGGACGUGUCGCCGGAGGAGCUCAGCGACGGCGUGCGGCCGGGGCAGAGCGCCAUUUCCAGCGGCGACUCGAGCUCGGGGUCGGAGUACGGGUCGGGAUCGUACACGGCGCAGAUGGAGCGGAUCAGGAAGGCAUCGGCGUUGCCCAGCCCGGAUUAUAGCGCCGAGUACCCCGGCUCCAUCCCGGAGUUCGGCUACCCGUCGCCGGCAAGCAGCGCCGGCGGCCAUGUUCCUUCCAGUGAGCGUGUUAACCAGCGGCAUCAGGGUCACCGGUAAACUGUAUCAUGCAUGCGGCCGGCAGGUGUACGUCAUAAUUCUUAACACGUUAGGAAUAUCUUGACUUUUGAUAAGCAUUUCGAUAUAGGCAAAGCAGUAAAAAAAAAUAGUCGUCAAAACACUGUUAUAUUACAUUUCAAUUCAGAGCUAGAUAGUCAUAGUCCCUUCGUUUUUUUUUUACUUAGCAUAAUUGACUUUUGAAUUUAUA